AUGUUCAAGCUCGAAAGUUCAGGUAUAGCAGGAUCAGUUUAUUUGGUUCUCUUUUGCUGUUUACUCCCGGUCACUGUUUAUUGUACUCUUAAAAAAGGGUAUAAAUCGGUAUUCACAUUAUUGUUGAUCUAUAAUCUCAUUAGAUUAGGUGGCCAAGUAUGUGGGGUUCUAUUUGGUUAUUACGGAUUUUCAAAUACUGAUUGUUUGAUUGCUUAUAUUAUUUUGGGUGCUGAAGGUUAUUUCAGUCUUAUUUUGUCAAGUUUAUAUACUAUAGUUGAGGGACAAAGACUAGUUAAGGGUCGUUCUUGGCUUAAAGAUUAUGGUCCUCGGGGUGCAUUUGACGCUAGUCAAAAGAAAAGAUUUGGAAUAAGAUCGAAUAACUGGUACGGAUUAUAUCAUUUGAUUUUAAUUCCGGCAAAUGCUUUGCUUAUUGCUGGUGCUUCAAUGACUUCGGGUCUCAGUAUACAAGAGUAUUUACAAAACGGUUCUAAAUUGCAAACCUCAAAAUCUUUGAGAUGUGCCGGUCAAGCAAUUUUUUUGGCUUUGACCAUAGUAAUGGUUGUUAUUGCUCUUUCUACCUUUUUCAUUCAACGAGUCAGAUGUUGGACUAUGAUUACGGUGAUUCUUGCUUCUCCAUUCUUGAUAGUAAGAGGAAUUUUCGGGAUCCUUUCAAUCUAUAUUGAUUCGAUGAAUUACAUGGCCAUGUCUAAUUAUAUCCAUGGAGGGGUUUUCGGGAUCCUUUCGAUCUAUAUCGAUGAUAUGAACUAUAUGGCAAUGACCAAUUAUCUAAAUGGGUUCCAUUCAACCUUAAUCAUUUACGAAUACAUUUUAGGUACUUCAAUGGAAUUCGUGUCUGCAAUUUUCUUAGUAUCUGCCUACUUUGAUAAGCAACGAGUGCCUGAAUUAUCAAGGGAAGACCUGUUUGAAACCAUAUGUAAAAACGAAUACUGA